AUGGUUAAAGCUGCUGUUCUCGGCGCCUCUGGCGGUAUUGGCCAGCCCCUCUCCCUCCUGCUUAAGGCUUCCCCUCUCAUUGACGAGCUCGCCCUCUACGAUGUUGUCAACACUCCCGGUGUUGCCGCUGACCUGUCUCACAUCUCCUCCACUGCCAAAAUCACCGGCUACCUCCCCAAGGAUGAUGGCCUGAAGAACGCUCUGACCGGUGCCGACAUCGUCGUCAUCCCUGCUGGCAUUCCCCGCAAGCCUGGCAUGACCCGUGAUGACCUCUUCAAGAUUAACGCCGGUAUUGUCCGUGACCUGGCCACCGGUAUUGCCGCGCACAGCCCUAAGGCUUUCGUUCUGGUCAUCUCCAACCCCGUUAACUCUACUGUCCCCAUUGCCGCCGAGGUCCUCAAGGCCGCCGGUGUCUUUGACCCUAAGCGCCUGUUCGGUGUUACCACCCUGGACGUUGUCCGUGCCGAGACUUUCACCCAGGAGUACUCUGGCAAGAAGGUCCCCUCUGACGCCACUGUCCCUGUUAUCGGUGGUCACUCUGGCCCCACCAUUGUUCCUCUGUUCAGCAAGGUUUCUCCCAGCUUCGAGAUCCCCGCUGACAAGUAUGAGGCUUUGGUUAACCGUGUUCAAUUCGGUGGUGAUGAGGUUGUGAAGGCCAAGGAUGGUGCUGGUUCUGCUACUCUGUCUAUGGCUUAUGCUGGUUUCCGAUUUGCCGAGGCUGUCAUUAAGGCUUUCAAGGGCGAGAAGGGAAUUGUUGAGCCUACAUUCGUUUACCUACCUGGUGUUACCGGUGGUGAUGCUAUUGUCAAGGCCACUGGUGUCGAGUUCUUCUCCACCCCCGUGGAGCUGGGCCCUAACGGUGCCGAGAAGGCUAUCAACAUGUUGGAUGGUAUCACUGCCCGUGAGCAGGAGCUCCUAAACGAGUGUAUCAAGGGCCUCCAGGGCAACAUUGAGACAGGUGUUCAGUUCAUCAAGAACCCCGCUACCAAGUAA